AAGAUUUGGCUCCAGAGAAGGCGCGCAGAUUCUAAGAUUUGCCGAGCACAGCUCCUACGAAGAUGAGCGACAAGAAGGACACGCGCAUGGAUGACCUUGAGGAGGAGGAGGAGGAGGAUCAGGAUGAUCACGAGGAGCCCGAGGAGGAAGACGAGGAAGAUGCUCCCAGGGGCAAGGCCUCUCCCAAGCCGAAAGCCGGGCGAAGGCCCUCCGCUCGCACCAAGAAGAACCCGGACAAGACCAAGGGCGCCCGCACCGAGAAGAAGGCAGGCAUUUGCUUCCCCGUGAACCGCAUCCGGAGGAUGCUCAAGGAGAGCGGCUAUGCGAAGAGUGUGCGCAAGGAUGCGAGCAUCUACCUCACCGGAGUGAUUGAGUACGUCGUGGCGGAAAUCCUGGAGCUCGCGGGCAACUCCGCCAAGGAGCAGAAGAAAGCCCGCAUCAUCCCUCGGAACAUUCAGCUGGCAAUUCGCAAUGACGAGGAGCUGAACAAGUACAUGAGCGAUGUCACCAUCAAGUCCGGCGGAGUCUUGCCGAACGUUCACACUGCGUUGUUGCCCGACAAGCAGCCGACGAAAGGUGUGGUUGCCGCCUCGUUCUCCCAGGAGUACUAGACAGGCGCUGCAACUUGGCACUAUGGCGCUAUGGGUUGAGCGCACAGUGCCUGUACGCUACGCUGGUCUCUGUGUCCACACCAGUCAGCCGCUCCUGAAAGGAUGGGCUUCAGCUUGCAAUUAAUCGGGCCCGACCAUGCCGCCAAGGGGGGAACCAAGGCACAGAGGCAGCAGGGGUUGGGUCCCACGUGUAGGCAAAAAAAGACUCCCCAUUUAGCAAGCUGGUAAUCUUUUUCACCACUCGACGCGUGACAGUGCGCAAUGAGAAGUCACGGUGGA